AAUGUAUUCAACAGCUAUCUGUCAACCGCAGUAAAUAGAUUGUAUGACCAAACUCUGACGAAGGGGCUGCCAGGGUUGAGCACAGCUGUGGGUUUCCGAGGAGCGUUCGGGUGCGCCUCCUCCUGGUAAAGGGCGCGGGUCCCGUUCUGUCAGGCCUAAUUGUAACAAAGGGGGCUUCACAAAUUGGGAAAGGAUCCUGAAGGGCCAGUGUCAGGAUGGCGCCAGGGCCCGCGAAGUAAAUCUGCCAGCAGCCUGAAUGGCGCAGCGCGAAAGGCGGUCCACGGCAGGCAGACCGCCUGCAAAGUAUGCAGAAUCGGAUGAGUAUUACGACUCCCUUUCGCUAGCGGGGACACGGUCCCGGGACCGACCACUGCGGCAAGUGUACCGCUUGCUGAAACACAAGGAUAUUCGCAAAGACCUCGUCGGCCAGGAGGUGCACGUGUACUGGCCAGAAGAUCAGCAAUGGUACCGCGCGACAGUGGAGGAGGUUUCAACACAACAGCCCGAGCCCACAGCCUACCUACAUUAUCCGGACACGGAUGAGUAUGAGGACAUCAACCUGAACGAAGUGAUCGAGUCGCAGCAAAUAGCAGUCAUCGAAGGCCGUUCGCUGUAUGCCAAGCUGAAGCGGGAUGAGAUCCCCGUGAACGUGUCGGAGCGCCUGACUGCGGUCUACGAGGACGAAGAUGAGGACAGGAGCUCGGACCCGGGGUCCGAUGGGGAGCAGGAGAGUGAGGAAGGGGAACCCCGCAUGUUGCGGGAUCAGCACAAGCAGGUGCAACGUGCCAAGCGACCACGGGAUGACACGCUGGACCGCCCAGGCUCCUCCAAGAAACAGACGCCUGGCGAUGAUGGAGCUGGCGCGGCUGGUGGCGAUGCGGAUAUGGCGGAGGCGGAGGCCUUCAAGAACAACCUCAUCAACGCCCUCAUGCACAACAUCUCCGGCGCGCCGGGCAGCCACCCCCCGGGUAUGAUUCCCACACCUGGCAGCCAGCCGCCUAUGCUGAUGAUCCCCACGCCGGGCGGCACGGGUCCCGGCAGUGCACGCGGCGCCCUGAAGCAGCAGAGCAGUCUGCCUUCCGCGUCUAGCGUGCCAGCCGAUGAGGAGGUGCGGGCCAAAGUCCGCGAGCAGCUGGGGCAGGCGCUGCAGCGAGCCAUGGAUGAGCUCAAGGCGGAGGGCUAUACCGAAGCGCUUCCGGUGCCGACAGAGGUGGCCGCCGAGGUUGAGCUGGAGCUCUUCAAGUUGCACGAGAGCUCGGUUUCCAAGGACUACAAGGCCAAGUUCCGCUCACUGGCCUUCAACCUCAAGGACAACGCCAACCCGGAGCUGCGCGCGCGAGUGCUGCGUCGAGAGCUUGCGCCCGCCACACUGGUGACGCUCGGGCCAGCGGAGCUGGCGCGCAAGGAGCUGAGCGAGUGGCGCAAGAAACGCGAGGAGGAGGCAGCCAAGGCGGUGUUUCUGGACGCAGAAACCGCUGCAAAAUACUCCACCGCUGCUGCUGCCGCACUGGCUCAGAGCCGGCUGCGGGCCAAAGACGACGAGGCGCCGGCCGCCAAGCCCGUUUCCUCGCCGGAGGGGCGCGGGGAGGAGGCGCAGGAUGAUGCGGCGGGCGGCGGCAACGAUGCAGGCGCCAGCCUUGCCAGAUUCGGGUCGGAUAGCGGCGCAGCGCUGGCUGCUCCAGCUGUGGCGGCGGGCGAGCCUGGUGUGCAGCGGCGAAUAUCUUCAGGCUUGCCGCGGCUCGACUCAGCCAACGCCAGCGUAAGCAUCAGCGCCAGCGGUGCCGACGCUGGGCUCGCUUCGCCGGACCUGGUACGCCGCACCUCUAUCACCUCCAGCCUGCCGCCGGGACCUGCAGCCGCAUCGGGUGGCGCUACAGGCACGUCAGACGCCACAGCGCCGGCCGCCAUGGGGCCGUCGCCAGCGAAGCGCACUGUGCUGCGGGCGGCCCUUCCAGCUGCGCCUGUGGCAGGGGACGAGACGCCGCCCAGGACUGAUGACGCUGGCGACGCGCCGUAUGACCCUGACGUCAGCUUUGACGGUGAUGCGCCCUACGACCCCGAGGCGCAGCUAGACGCCGGUGAAGUGGCAGAGGCUGGCGGCGACGAUCUACCCGUGUACGAGCCGUAUGACCCAUCGGCAGCGCCCGCGUCCAUGCAGCCGCCCGGCAGCAAAACAGGAGGCUCGGGACCAUCGGUGGCAUCGCUGCGUGCAGCCCCAGCUGCUGGUGCCAGCGUUGGAGGCUUUGGCGGAUCGCUGCCGGAGCGACAGACAUCUCUUCCUUCGCCCAACAGGUCGCCGGUCGCGGCUGUGUCAGAUCUAGCACCGGUCAUCCAGAGGCAGCUGCCUGGAGAUGGAGCGCCGAUAGAAAUGCCGCUGGACAACGUUGGCGAUAUGCUGUGGACGGGCGUGCUGCGCGUUCCGGGCGCGAGCACUGACCAGCUGGUGGCGGUGGACGCGUCCUACCUGGGCGGCAGCGGGCGCCUAGCGCACAUGCUGCGGUGCGCAGAGCCUGCCUGGGAGCUGGUGGUGAAGGGCCAGGUCAAGCUGUCGCGCGUGGAGCAGUUCUUUGAGGAGCUACGGCGCAGCCGCAGCCGCACCAUCAGCCUGGCCCUGGUGCGCCCGGCGUCACCGGCGGCGGCAGCUGCUGCGGGCGUGACUGAGCAGGCGGUGGCUGCCGCUGCCACAGGCGGCGGCAUGGCAGAGUUCGUCGCGGCGCACCGCACUCGCACCGGCCUGGCCACGCCCCAGGCCAGCCUAGAAGCAUACCUUGUCACACGGGGGCCGCUAGCAUCACGCCUGAUUAAGACGGCGCGCAUGGUGUGCCCGCCCCACCAGCUGGCUCUGCUUCCGGAGGACAUUGCGGACGACCACCUGCUGCUGGCGAUGGUGCACCCUAAGUCAUGGGAGCCGCCGCCACACGUCAUUGCUAGCCAAGCAGCGGUGCCGCCGCACGUGGCCCCACAUCACGCACACCAGCACAGCCACCAUGGCCACCACGACGCUCAUCAGCACCACUCCCAUGCCGUGCCGCCACCGCACCUGGACAUGUCAGCGCUUGCGCAGCUGCCGCUGGGAGGCGGACUUGCGCCCUCGCCCGGUGCCAUGCCGCACGUUCUUCCGGGGGCCAUGGGCGGGGCACCAGCCGCUGCGGACCCCAGGUUGCAGCACGCCUCUGCGGCUGCAGGGCCAGCACCCCUGGUACCAGGCGCUAACGCCGCGGGCGCGGGUGAUGAUGCGGCGGCUGGCGACGGCUCAGUGCCCAUUGACAUGGGCGCCCUCAGCGACCUGGCGGCGGCUCUAGGCAUUCCAGGCGGUGGGGAAGCGGCGGGGGCUCAGGCGGGACCCCCGCACUUGGGUGCAGCUCCACCUCCGCCACAACAGCAGCAGCUGGUGACCAUGGUCAUGCAGAACCCGGACGGCACCCUGGCCAUCGUGGCCGUGCCACAGGGCCAGGCACCACCGGUCGCGCCGGCCCCAGGCCCCGCACCCAUAGGCAUGGCCGCAGUGGGGCCCAUGGCUGUGAUGCCUCCUGCUCAGCCCGCUGUAGGCCCGGGCAUGGACAUGCCACCACCUUACGGAGCCCCUGCGGACCAUGCCGCGGGCGGACCGCCACCAGGCUACUAUCCACCACAGUCUGGGCCGCACCGCGAGGCGCCGCCGCCGGAUGGUCUCUACGGCCCGCCGCCGGGCUCCUACGGAGGGCCCAACAGACACCCUCCAGCGCCCUACGGCGACCCACGUGGCCCGCCACCACCGCAUGGCGGCGGAGGGGGCUACCCGCCGCAGGGCCCGCCUGACGGGUACUACGGGGGCGGCCCUCCACCUCCCCAUUCCCACUCGGGGUAUUACCGCGAGCCGUCAGAAGCUGGAGGCCCGCCACCGCCGUAUCCACAUCGCCAGCCGCCGCCCAGUCGUGGCAGCGGCAGUGGUUACCCUCCUCCAGGCGGGCGCGAUGGGCCGCCGCCGGAUGACCGCCACUACCCGCCUCCAUACCGUGGGGGCCCACCUCCUAGCGGGCCGCAUGACCCUUACGACUCCUAUCGCGGUGGCCCGCCACCGGCAGGUGGCAGCCGAGGGCUGCCACCGCCGCGCGGCGGCUGGGGCGAGCUCCCAGAUGGCCCCCCUGGCGGUCGAUGGGGAAGCGGCCGUGGAGGCGGCCGUGGAAGCGGUCGUGGAGGGAGGGGGCGCGGCGGGCCUGACGAGCCGCCCGGCAGCGGAUAUGGUGGCGGAUACGGCGGUAAUUACGGAGACCGAGGGGGGCGCGGACCCCCCGAUGACCGCGGCUAUGGUGGCAGGGGCGGAGGACGAGAACGGGACUGGGGAGGUGGAGGCGGAGGGGGAGGCUGGGACCGGGGGCGCGACAGGGACCGGAGGUAGGCUGGGAGAAACUGAGCAUUUAGACUGCGAAGGCCUGACUACCGUAUGCCGGACGGAGUAUACAUACAGCAUACCGGUGGAGGUGAAGGCCUCUGUAGACCAGGAGCCGAGUGGAUGGCAUUGACAAGUGACACUGCACAAGGAAACAGACAUGCCCUAGAUUGGGCGAAUGCACACGACGCCGUCGCUUGUUAGGUUGGGUUAGGCGCAGAUUGACGGCAUGCACAAUCGCAAGCGCAAUUGCACUGGAGUGCGAAGCAACGCGCUGCCCGAAUAUGACACUGUGACAUGCUGGGGAGCUGCUUCUCACCCAUCAUGAGCGUGCACCCGGAGGCGGUAGCCCGUGGCGGCAGCGUUCGCAACCGUGAGGGCAGCUCGUCAGGCUGUUUUGCACACAGUGCACAUUGCCACAGCCAUUCAGCAACUUGG